UCAUUGAAAAUCUCAUAGUGUGACGCAUCGAAGCGAUUUGUGGUAUGAAUAACCGGGCAACCGGUUCGUUCUAAUAACCUACUCCCACGAGGGUCUGUGCACGCUGAAAAGCAAAGUCGAGUUUAGUCGUCGGCUGACCGAAGUCGGGCCUGUACCGUGGGGCCUGGUACGCCGAUGCUAGUGCCGUCUACUGUCCUCGCAGAGAAAGCUGGGCCUUCGUUCCUUUCGCGCACACGGUACGUGAAUUGAGCAGACUUUUGACCCUGAAUACCGGUUCGGUGUCGGGUUCCGGUUGUGCUGGAUGUAAUUGUCGGAGGGUUUUGUGCGGGGAGAAAGGAUAGUUGGAAAUAUCGUAUAUGAUUAGAGAAUGAAAGGCCAAAUUUCAUCAUAGCAAAUAUGCGUCUCCAGAUUCUUAGUUUGAUAUUUUUUGCAAGUGUAAUACUCGUGAGGCAAAUUUCAGCCCAUGGAAGAUUGAUAGAACCACCAUCAAGAGCUUCAAUGUGGAGAUAUGGUUUCGAUACUCCUCACGAUUACAAUGAUCACGAAUGCUAUUGCGGAGGAUUUACUAGGCAAUGGCAACGAAAUAAGGGAAAAUGUGGCAUAUGCGGCGAUGCUUGGGAUGCACCAACGCCUCGUCUGCACGAGACAGGUGGCAAAUACGGAAAUGGUGUGAUAGUGAGAAAGUAUCGAACAGGUUCGGUGAUACCGGUCCGUGUGGAACUCACAGCGAAUCACCACGGUUACUUCGAGUUCCGUACAUGUGCGAUGACCUACAAGGACAAGGAAGUCGACCAGAAUUGCUUGGACCAACAUCUACUUCAGUCGAAGAAUGGAUCGAUCAGAUAUUAUCCCGGCCCAGGAAACAAGAUCUUCGAGGCUUUCUACAAAUUGCCGGACGAUCUGACUUGCGCCCAAUGCGUUUUUCAAUGGAGAUACGUGGCUGGAAAUAAUUGGGGCGACUGUGGAAACGGAACAGGAGCUGUAGGUUGCGGUCCUCAAGAAGAAUUUCGUGCUUGCGCUGAUAUUACCAUCGGAGAUGACGUGGAACCUCUUUCACCUGCAGAGCCACCAAUUCCGAAAUCGGUUCCAGGAGAAAAAUCGCCAACAGAGCCAACAUUGGUGCCAGAACCGAGUGGAUCAUAUUGGUUAUUCAGUGUUAUUAUCGCUGGUACGUGCCUGUUGGUUGUACUGGCGGCUAUGGCGUUGCUUUAUGCAUAUUACUAUCACUCUGGCCGAGCCAAAAAAUGGCUUAUGGCGAGGAGAUUGACACCUGAAAGUCCACCUGUCGCUCCACCGAGGCAUAAAAAACACAACACGUCCAAUGCACCAUUGCAGCUGUAGAAGGAUAUUUGUACUUGAUAGUAGGGUGACCAAAUAUGCACAAAGAAAAGUAAAAAGAAUUGUAUAAUUCUGUAAUAAUUUCUGUAAAUGUUGCUUCGACAUUAUUUUACAAUAUCUUUUAACAAUAAUAGGUGUGUGUAUAUGUAAUAUAUGUAUACAUAAAAAAAGAAUUUUUUCUCUCUUAAGAUAAGAGAAAAAUGGUCACCCUGAUUUGUUUCUACUUGCAAUGCAACUUCCUUUGUUCAUUUUCUUUUUUAUAUGUAUUCAGAAUAUUUUUCUAUCGUGCGUGUCUGUGCGAAAAAGUAUACAUAUAUCUUCGUGACAUUGUAAUGUAUGCGUGAUGGGAAAAUUGUUCUCGUUUUAUAGUUAGAGUAACAUCGCUCACCUUGCACACAUUCAUCUUGUAUAUAUAAACUUUCUUACAUUAAACAUAUUUAUUUUCUAAGAA